UUCAUAUUAUUGUAAACAUGGCUUUCUCGGUAAAAAUUUUAUCGAAACGAUGGAUCUAUGUGACGUCUUUUAUAAUUGGAGUUUUUGUUUGGAAUUUUGUAAAUGUAGAAAGCCAUUCGCAUGAUCAUGGACAUGCACACGAUCAUGGACAUGCCCACGACGAACCGGCGUCAUUUAAAUACAGCAGACAAGCCAACGACCAGCAGGCGAAACAAGAAGACAGUCACUCCCACGAUCAUGGUCACGCACAUGGUGGACACGGUCAUGCACAUGGUGGACACGGUCAUGCACAUGAUCAUGGACAUGCACAUGGAGGACAUGGGCAUGCACAUGGAGGACACGGUCAUGCACAUGAUCAUGGACACACACAUGGGGGACAUGGGCAUGCACACGAUCAUGGUCAUGGACAUAAAGAGGAACCCUAUGUUCACCAGGAUGAUGGCACUGGCAGAGAUUUUGCAGAAAAAUAUUUAGGUGCCACACCAAAUAAGCCCACAGGUACAUCCAAGACAAUGAUGUUAUGGAUAGAAGCUUUGGGAGCAACAGCCAUUAUUAGUGUUUCACCUGUAUUUAUCUUACUCUUCAUUCCAUUAGACAAUACCUCCGAACAUCAACCAUUGCUCAAAGUCUUGUUAAGUUUCGCUUCAGGUGGAUUACUCGGAGAUGCUUUUCUCCACUUGAUUCCUCAUGCCACUAACCCACAUUCCCAUGGUGGAGAGGGUGAGGAGGGUCACGGACAUUCCCAUUCACACGGACACAGUCAUGGUGGUGAAGGAGGUGGUCAUGGACACGACAUGACCGUUGGAUUGUGGGUGCUUAGUGGAAUUAUUGCCUUCUUAAUUGUUGAAAAGACAGUGCGUUAUCUAAAGGGAGGUCACUCUCACAGUCAUUCACAUAGUGCACCUGCUAGUAAAAAGUCUGACAAACCUGCUGAAGGAGAUAAGAAAACACAAAAAAAGAAAGCAAAAGUUAGUGAUGAUGAAGAUGAUAAAAAAGGUGGAGAUGCCCAGGAAGAAAAGAAAGAUAAAGAAGAUGAAAAAGACAGCAAAAAGGAUGCCACUAAAAAAGAUGAAAAAGAGACCAAAAAAGAUGAAGAAGGCAGUAAAAAUGAAAAAGAAACAAAAAAAGAUGAAAAAGAAUCCAAGAAAGAUGGCUCAACAUCGAAAGAUAAAUCCGUGACUCCAGCACCAGAACCAGAACCAGAAAUAAAAGUGGCAGGCUAUUUAAACUUAGCAGCAGACUUUGCUCAUAAUUUUACGGAUGGAUUAGCCAUUGGUGCCUCGUUUAUAGUCGGACGUAAUGUAGGAAUUAUCACUACUAUUACCAUAUUUCUUCACGAAAUUCCACAUGAAAUUGGAGAUUUUGCUAUUCUAGUUCAAUCAGGCUGUACUAAAAGAAAAGCCAUGAUGUUACAAUUUUCUACAGCAAUAGGUGCUAUGUUGGGUACAGUGUGCAGUUUGAUGGCCGAAGGAGCAGGGGAUGCGGCUAUAGCCUGGAUUCUCCCCUUCACAGCAGGAGGAUUUAUUUAUAUAGCUACAGUUUCUGUUAUUCCUGAAUUAUUAGAAGACAGUAAAUUCGGACAGUCUUGUAAAGAAAUAGUAGCCUUAUUACUAGGUGUUUAUAUGAUGGUGCUUAUAGCCGAAUACGAAUAAGCAUUUCAAAUCUAGAUACAAUUAUUACUGUUACUACAGAUUAAAUAUUGUAAAUGGAAUAUUCAGAUUUAUUAAAGGGACAGUCCCAGAGAUUCCAAAGGGCACCGUAAAUAAAAAUAGGUUUAAGUUUGUAAUUUAAAUGUCAAAAUAUGACGAUAUGGCCUAUUUAUACUACUGUACCUUGUCUGAUAAUUUUAAAUCAAAAUAUUGAGACAUGGUUACAUAACUUAUUUUAGUAAUUUCAAUCUUCGGUUGUACAUGUAUGAGUGACUGGAUAAUAGUGUUGAUCUCUUACCACUGUACAUUAGUAAGUACUUGGUUAUCCAGAUUCUUACACAGUGUAAAUAUUUGAAGGAACUUAUGCCCAGCUUCACAUGGAAACUGAAAGUUGGUAUUUCUUUGAAAAUGUAUCACAGGGCUUCCGAUACUUGCAAAGGUCUUGUUAGGUUUGUGAAUCCCUACAAUCUCUAACAUAUAUCUGGGACUGCUUCUUUAAGAAUAUUCAUGUCAGAUUUAUUGUGAAUAUUCAUAUUAUAUAUUUUUGAUGCCAGAAAAUAGAAAGAAGUGGUGUAUAAUUUAUUUGAAUGAAUGAGGGUGUAAAACAUUCUUCAAGUCUUGCCUACUAUUAGUCACCUGUAAUUAAAAUUUUAAGUUGUUACAGAGACAUUUGUAUUUCUGCAAAAUAACAUAAUGAAGGAAACAUCUAGUCAUAUGUUAUAACUGUUCAGGGCAGUGGUUCUCAACCUUUUCUUAGCUAACACCUUGGAACACAUGGAAACAUGUAUUGAUGUAUAUGAAAAAUAUUUGAAUUUUGCAAAAUAAAAACAUGGCAAGUCAUAGACGGCAUACAACCGUAGACACAGACUAGUCAUAGACACAUAGAAUGAUUCAAACUAAAUAAAGAACAACACAGCUAUGAACUUAUCAGUAGACACCAGUGGAUACUCAAUUGGGAUCACAUGGUUUUUCGCAUUUUCUUAGUGUGCUGUUCAAAAUUUCGCGGCACACUUAGGAAGAUCUCGCAGCACACAGGUGUGCCGCGGCCCACUGUUUGAGGAUCACUGGUUUAGGGUAACUGUUGCACUCGAGGUUGAAAUUUGCUUCUGUUUCUUUCAAGGCUCUUAAUUCAAUCUUAUUUGCCGGUCUUGACUGAGUGGCAGAGAAAUUGACCAGCUGGAGAACUUAAAUGUCAGUCAAUUUACAUUCCCUAAAAUAAGAAUAUCUAAGAAUUUACCAUAAACUACAAUAAAUACAGUUAAAUUUAUAGCCUUUGAGUGCUUCCACUUACAAAUUGUUGACAAUGUGAGGUAAUUUUGCAAAUAAAAUUUCAUAUAUCAUGUUUUUAUUUAUGUCGUGGUAUCUAUACCAUGAUGUAUGUAAAUAAAUUAUAUAUUGGACUAAUUAUUUAUUAUUGAAAUAUUUCUUUUUCGCUAUUGAAAGAGCUCUUAUUAUUGAAAUUAAUUAAAGAUAAAGAGUUGAAAUGGUCAUAGAAAGAUCUGUUAGGCAUAGUCAACAGUGUUGACUCAACACAUAUUGAUAACGGUAUUAAUUUCUAUAUACACGUAUUCAUAAAUAUUCACAUUGAUGCUCAAAAUGUUUUCAUGAAAUAUUUACACGGAAGUUGAAUAAAUUAUUGGUGAAUGUAAGUUAGUAAGAAGGAUUAUGUCAGUCGAAUGUGGUAUUAAGAGUUACUGUUUGUUCUAAACUUUAUAGUGUCAUAUUAAAGCUGCUGAUAGUUAUUUGCAUUUUUCGAACAAUGUAUAAUUUGAAUCAAUAUCAGAUAAUCUCCCAGCUUGCAUUUAUUUGGAUUUGGGGGUGGGGGGGGAUGACAUUGAGUCAACUGGCAUGGUUUUGAUUCACUGGUUGUACGUGUCCAACCUUGUGGGUUUCUCCAGGUCCUCUGGUUUCCUCCCACAGCUAAAGACCCCUACGCGCAAGUGAAUUAUUGAAAUAAAAUUGAACCAUUGGUUAGUCCCGAAAUGACCUAAUUUGUGUUGAUUGGAUGUUAAAACCCCAUUUCUCUCACUUCCUCUAAUUUGGAUUAAAAUGAGGUACAUCAAAAGAUUUUACACAACAUUUAAAGGUUGCAUUGGUUUCUUUAUAUUGUAUGCAGAAAUGGCCAAUGUUGUGAAAUUUUCAAUUCAUUAUUUCUUUAUAAACAAUGAACGGAAUUGAAUCUUUUUUGGACUUGGCCAAUAUUGUUGUUCACAAAGAUCCAAAAUUCCACAAAUGACAAUCUUUAGGACCCAAGUUUUCCACAGACCGGAAAAAUAUUCCAGUUGUCCAUGUUAUGCCUUGUAAGAGGUAGCGAAUGUAGUAAUGAUUUUUGUGUUAGAAUCUCUACUUCCAAACUGGUGAUGGUUGCUUAGCUACAGCUGGUUCAUUUUUAGAAUGUUUAAAAAAAAGAAAGGCUUUAUUCCAAACGGAAAUAAAAAAGACUCACCUCCAAUCCAGAAGUUAUCAGAUAAAAUUAAUUAUUCAUUCCCUUUUGCUCAUUAAAUGUCCUGACAGUGGUUCAUUGACGGUGCUGCGGAAAUAAAUGUCCUUCAUAGCACACACUGUGACAUAUCCUUGUCUUUAAUAGUUUAAAUGAUGGUGUAGAAAACCCCAGAUCAUUUCAUUUUAAUGUUCAGGGGCCUGUUUCACGAAAUUUUAACUAAGAUAAAAUCCAAAUUUUAGUAAUUUGAUUGGAUAAUAUUAGAUUGAUAUUAGUGCUUAGCAAAUCAAAAUUGAAGUAUCUACUAAAAUUUGGAUUUUAUCUUUAGUUAAAAUUUCGUGAAACAGGGCCCUGAUGUGGUAUUACAAAUUGCAAAGAAAGGCUUUCUUCCAAACGAAAAUGGAACGGUUUAAUUUACAGAUCUAUUCCUUUCUCUUCUCUUCUUUGACAUAAAGAUCUUCUGAAAAUGAACACCGUAAUUUAAGUCUUAUCUGCUAUUUUAUAGAAGAUCUUCUGUGACAUGUAAAAUGAACUAGCUGUAAGGCCAAACCAAUCUGAAUUUUAGUUCUUUGGGUAAGACGUUGGCUCGCUAACAUGGAGGUUCUGUUUGAUACCUGCAUUGGUCGAGAAAGCGCAUCAGGAUUUGCCGGUGAGGUUUCUCCUUGUCAGUGGCGCAGGACAGAGGGUCUGGCAAGGGACAAUGUAUAGUCCCAAGGUCCUGUGUACAUAAAAAGCUCCCUCUGCAGAAGGCCAUAGUGCCGCUGUCCGGGCAAAUUUCUCUCCUAGCACACUGCAUGGCGUAUACCAAUUUCCAUUAGCCCAGUCAGAGCAGAACAGUACGACGUUAAACCCCAUUUCAUUUCAUCUUUGGGAACACCUAUUCAAAUUUUGCUUCCUGUUGUUUCGUGAAAUUAAGCAAAGAUAAUUGGUUGCUCUUCUGAAAGGCUUGUAGUUCCAAAUUUUGGAGUUUGGAAAUAUUAAACAAAACAUCAUACACAAAUCUUGAGUGCCCAUUUAUAGAAGUAUCAAGAACUUGAACAACUAAAAUUUCAAUUGGUUUGGCCCAAGUGUUAAAGAUUUGUUAGUUAAGAUAAAUAUUAAUAAAUAUUAAAAUAUUAAUAAAUAUAUAUGUAUG